AUGUGCUCGGGCUAGAGAUGGGCUUUGUCCGACUCCUUAUCCUCGUUGUUCUUUCACCGACCUCGUUCCAUCAUCCACGGCCACAACAACCUAUCGCCCAUAGCACGCGGCGCCGUGCAUGCCAUACUGCACUAGACCACAAGCGAAGCGGAGGAGCUGAAGCCGGCACCAAGCUCGCGGCGUGAUGGCGAUGGCACCUUCGUCCACCGCCACCUGCGCCACAUCCCUCCACUUUCCCCACCCGUCUCCGCCCUGGAGUAUCAGCAGUGGCGUCGGCCACGUCCAGUUCUCCCGCCGGCGCUGUCGCGGGCUGCAGAGGCGGGGAUGCGGUGAGGCACAGCGCGCGGCGCUGGGGGGAUUGCUGGGCGGCAUGUUCGGCGGCGGCGGCGGUGACGACGGGGAGGUAGCGAGGAGGAGGUACAACGACAACGUCGCGCUAGUUAACAAGCUGGAGCCCGAGGUCUCCGCGCUCUCGGACGCUGACCUCCGCGCCCGCACCUCCGUGCUGCAGGAGCGCGCGCGCGCCGGGGAAUCACUCGACUCCCUCCUCCCCGAAGCAUUUGCUGUUGUGAGGGAGGCUUCCAAUAGAGUUCUUGGUCUUCGCCCCUUUGAUGUACAGCUGAUUGGUGGGAUGGUUCUGCAUAAGGGGGAGAUUGCAGAAAUGAAGACUGGGGAGGGGAAGACACUCGUGGCUAUCCUGCCAGCGUACUUAAAUGCAUUAAGUGGGAAAGGAGUCCAUGUUGUCACCGUAAAUGAUUAUCUUGCCAGACGUGACUGUGAGUGGGUUGGUCAAGUUCCCCGCUUUUUGGGGCUGCAGGUUGGACUAAUUCAACAGAACAUGACACCGGAGCAAAGGAGGGAAAAUUACUUGUGCGAUAUUACCUAUGUCACAAAUAGUGAGCUUGGAUUUGAUUAUCUAAGAGAUAACCUUGCGAUGACUGUGGAUGAGCUUGUCUUGAGGAACUUCAAUUACUGUGUGAUAGAUGAAGUUGAUUCAAUCCUUAUUGAUGAAGCACGGACACCUCUUAUAAUAUCAGGCCUCGCUGAAAAGCCAAGUGACCGGUAUUACAAAGCAGCAAAAAUAGCUGAAGCUUUUGAACGAGAUAUUCAUUACAGUGUUGAUGAAAAGCAAAGAAAUGUUCUACUAACAGAACAAGGCUACGCUGACGCUGAAGAAAUACUGGACAUAGAUGAUUUAUAUGAUCCUCGUGAACAGUGGGCUUCAUAUGUUUUAAAUGCAAUCAAAGCCAAGGAGCUCUUCCUUAGAGAUGUGAAUUAUAUUGUUCGUAGCAAGGAAGUGCUUAUUGUGGAUGAGUUCACAGGUCGAGUAAUGGCAGGCAGAAGAUGGAGUGAUGGACUCCACCAAGCAAUUGAGGCAAAAGAAGGUGUGCAAAUACAGAAUGAAACCAUAACCCUCGCAUCUAUAAGUUACCAGAACUUCUUUCUUCAGUUUCCAAAACUCUGUGGCAUGACUGGAACUGCAGCUACAGAAAAACAGGAGUUCGAGAGCAUAUACAAACUAAAAGUUACAGUUGUUCCAACGAAUAAGUCUAUGAUACGGAAGGACGAUUCAGAUGUUGUUUUCAGAACGACAAGUGGAAAAUGGCGUGCUGCUGUUGUGGAGAUAUCAAGAAUGAAUAAAGCUUCCCGUCCUGUGCUUGUUGGUACAACUAGUGUUGAGCAAAGUGAAACUUUGUCUGAACAACUACGUGAAGCGGGGAUUCCUCACGAGGUCCUUAAUGCUAAACCAGAGAAUGUGGAGAGGGAGGCAGAGAUUGUAGCUCAGAGUGGACGCCUUGGUGCAGUGACAAUUGCCACCAACAUGGCAGGACGUGGCACUGAUAUUAUCCUUGGAGGCAAUGCAGAAUUCAUGGCCAGGCUGAAGUUGCGUGAGGUGCUUAUGCCAAGAAUUGUCAAUCCAGUUGAUGGUGUCAUUGUGUCCAAAAAGCAGCUUCCACCAAGAAAAACAUGGAAGACAAAUGAAAGCUUGUUCCCUUGUGAACUUUCAGAAGACACACUAUCAUGUGUCAAGGAUGCAGUUGACGUGGCUGUCAAAGAAUGGGGAGAAAAGUCAUUACCUGAGCUAGAAGCUGAAGAGCGUCUCUCCUACUCAUGUGAAAAGGGACCGACACGUGAUGAAGUAAUUGCAACUCUGAGAACCGCAUUCAUGAAGAUAGUAGAUGAAUUUAAGAUUUACACAGAGGAGGAAAAGAAGAAGGUCAUUGCGACAGGUGGGCUUCAUGUGGUAGGAACUGAACGACAUGAAUCCCGCAGAAUUGACAAUCAACUUCGUGGUCGAAGUGGCAGGCAAGGGGAUCCGGGAAGCUCUCGCUUCUUUCUUAGUCUUGAGGAUAAUAUCUUCCGAAUCUUCGGAGGUGACCGGAUACAGGGUCUGAUGCAAGCUUUCAGAGUUGAAGAUCUUCCUAUUGAAUCAAAGAUGCUAACAAGGGCCCUAGAUGAAGCUCAACGGAAAGUUGAGAACUACUUUUUUGAUAUCAGGAAGCAGCUAUUUGAGUAUGAUGAGGUAUUAAAUAGCCAGCGGGAUCGGGUAUAUGCAGAAAGAAGACGUGCCCUCACAUCUGGUAGCCUGGAGUCACUUAUUGUGGAGUAUGCUGAAUUAACAAUGGACGACAUAUUAGAGCUUCUUGGACCAUGGAUCUGCAGAAGAAAGAUACAGGGAUCAGGAUUUUCUUUCAUGCAUAGGCCAGCGGCUACCGAUGAAUGCCAAGAUCAAGUCAACUGGAAAAAUCAGCACUUGUACGGGGCGUCUGUCUGUAGAUGCCGCCGAGAGCAGAGGAGUGCGGACGUUUGGCCUAGGGUUCCACACCACCGCGGGAGAGAGGCAAACAUAGGGCCUGGUACCCCAAGGGAAAGUUGGGAUCUUGGCAAGCUGAUAGCUAAAGUUCAACAGUAUUGUUACCUAUUAAAUGACUUGGCACCAGAACUGUUGGAGAGUAAAUGCUCAAGCUACGAGGAUUUACAGGAGUACCUUCGAACCCGAGGGCGUGAAGCAUACUUCCAAAAAGCUGAAAUUGUGGAGAAGCAAGCUCCAGGUUUGAUGAAGGAAGCCGAGCGAUUCCUAAUCCUAAGCAAUAUUGAUAAGCUCUGGAAAGAACACUUGCAAGCUUUAAAGUUUGUGCAACAAGCUGUUGGGUUAAGGGGCUAUGCUCAACGAGACCCCCUUAUCGAAUAUAAACUUGAGGGAUAUAAUCUUUUCUUGGAUAUGAUGGCUCAAAUCCGGAGAAAUGUUAUUUAUUCAGUAUAUCAGUUCCAACCUGUGAUGAAGAAGCAAGAGGAAAAUUCUGGAAAGAACGAUUCAAAAAAGAAUCUGCACAAGGGUGCCAAGAAACUUGGUGCAGCCCAAGCUGCAUCUUGAGUUUGAUAUGAGAUUUUGUUUUUCUGUAGCUAUGGCUUGCUGAUUUUGAGAAUUCUCAGGUGUAUAUGUUCUCUUUACAGUUUACGAUGGCUGAAGUGUGGGAGGACAGAAGUACAAAUGACGCGGUGACUUUUUGUAUAACUAUAUCAUACUCCCUCCGUUUCUAAAUAUAAGUCUUUUAAGAUAUUUCAUUAUGAGUCUACAUACAGAGCAUAAUGAGUGAAUCUACACUCUAAAAUAUGUCUAUAUACAUCCGUAUGUAGUCCACUAGUGAAAUCUCUUUAAAGACUUAUAUUUAGGAACGGAGGGAGUACCUCGGUUGCGGCGGAAAUUGAAGCAAAACAAUCAACAUGAAAACGUCAUCAAUUUAGAAGAGGUCUCUCGUAAAUUGAUUUACUUGAACAUGUCUUUUAGUCC